AUGUUGUUAAAACGCGAUGCGUUGAUAAGCGCUCUCGUUUUGACGCUCUAUUAUGUGGGCGUGGCUGUUGCCCACCACGAUAAACGUGAGUUUGUGACAAUGGGCGUAAGGAAUGGCAGGCGUGGCAGUAAUAGAUCAUCUCCACAACGAUUUGGUGGCAUGGUCAUCGAUGGCAUUGGCUUCCACUACACGUUACGCUUUCAGCCGGGAUUUCAUCCACUGAAGAUUGCUCAGCAGGAGGAGCCACAAAUGACAAUGGCACCACCUCCUGAAAUGGCAACAGAACCUCCGACAAUCGCGCCACCUGAUGAACCGGAGCCAACGAUCCCAAUGCGUCCGACAACGGAGCCACUGCCAGAUCCACCUGAUCCACCGCCCUCCACGGACAUGAUGCCCACACCUGACAUGAUGCCGAGUGCAAUGCCAACGCCAAGACCUACGAUGAGACCAUCAGUGCCACCCACUCCCUCCAGCACUCGCACCGCCAUCAUGCAGCCACAAACAUUUCCCGGCAAACUGGCCAACAAGUUGAAGCAGCUCAUCUUUGGCUCACCGGUCGAGGCGAAUCUAAUACUGAAGCAACCAGGUGCACCCAAAGCCAAGGGCAAAGGUUUUCUCAGUCUCUUCGAAGUGAUCAAGUUUCCGAACACCAAGUGUAGUGUCUCAAUUGGUGACAUACGCACCAUGGAGGGCACAUGCUAUCACGAAUUCGAGUGCAAAAGCUUAGGUGGCAUUCCCACCGAAAGCUGUGCCGACGGUGUUGGCGCCUGUUGUAUCUUUGUUAACGGUUGCGGUGAUGUUACCAGCCAACAGACCGUGUACUUCGAGAGUCCCAACUAUCCGCAACCGGUGCGCGAAAUGAUGAUCUGUGUACUGAUCGUUAAUGUGAGAAAAGGUGUGCAGCAGCUGCGUCUCGAUUUUCAAAUGUUUGAGCUUAGUCGUCCAACAAAUGGCGACUGCUUAGAUGAUCAGUUCAUUAUAUCUGGACAUAAUCCGAACUUCCGUAUACCCAUGUUAUGUGGCAUCAAUACGGGUCAACACAUUUAUGUACACGUCGGUGACUCUAAUGAGAGCAAGGUAUAUCUAUCGGUAUUUGUCAAGGUCUCAACCGGAGCACGAUCUUUCAAUAUCAAGAUCAGUCAAAUUGAGGACGAUCUUGCACCAGAUAAUUGCCUGCAAUAUUUCAGCGAUGGUGAGGGUAUUAUCAAGUCCUUCAACUAUGAUGUGGAUGGCAGCAUUGUGUAUAAUCGCGAGGCCACCUAUUUUAACAAUCUAAAUUAUGCCAUUUGCUUGGCACGAUCCAAGAAUGUAUGUAGUGUGAGUUACAAUACAGAGCAACUGGGUGGCGAUCAACCCGACUUUCAGAUCAUCAACAAGGAUGAGGCUGAGAAUGAUCUAGUGGCUGAUGGUCAGGCUGGCGCUGGCAUCUUCAAUUGCCCAGAUGAUUUCAUAGCUGUCAAUUCGGUGCGGCUGUGCGGGGAGAGGUUGAACGAUGGCAUCGAGAAUGAAGACUUCACCAUGCAUGCCACAGUGAGGGAUAUUGCCGCUGGACCCAUUGUGUUGCCCUUUCGCACCGAUGCUGAAUAUGUGGGUCGUGGUUUUCGUCUCGUCUACAGGCAGGAAUUGUGUGUCUAAGAUGGAUACGGUUACGGUUACGGUUAUCGUUAUCGUUAUCGUUACGGUUACGGUUAGAUUUACUGUUACUGUAACUGUUAGCACCCAUAGUUCAUAGACUGUAUAUAUCUGUAUGUAUUUAUGUAUGUAUGAUGA